AUGAAGGUCGUCGAGAGGGUGAAGGAUGAUUUCAAGACCGAUGCUACCUGGAACCGGAUCGCCCGUUAUGGGGCUCAGGGCCUGCGUGCCACUCCAAGGGUGGCGGCAAGAUAUGUCGCUGAAAAGGCGCCCAUCGUCGACUGGCUGCCUCGAUACAACUAUCGAUGGCUACUGACCGACUUUGUGGCUGGCUUGACCGUGUCGCUCAUGUUGAUCCCCCAAGGUCUGGCCUAUGCCAAAAUCGCAAAAAUCCCCGUCCAGUAUGGUCUCAUGUCCUGCUGGGCGCCCGCGGUUAUCUACGCCGUUAUGGGCACGUCAAAAGAUGUCUCAACUGGACCGACUUCAUUGAUCGGGUUGAUGACGGGCCAGGUCGUGGACGACCUCACAAAGGAAGGAUAUGCUCCAGAGGCAAUCUCAUCUGCGGUCGCCCUCUCCAUGGGCAUCUACAUGGCCGGUCUCGGUGUCUUGAAGUUGGGCUUUCUGCUCGAUUUCAUUUCCUACCCAGUGCUGACCGGCUUCAUCUCCGCCGUUGCCAUCACCAUUGGCCUCGGCCAAGUCGCCAAUCUCAUCGGCGAGGACAACGUGGGCAGCGGCGUCGCUAACCAGAUUCGUGACAUCCUGACCAAUUUCGAUACUUGCAAUGGACGUGCUGCCGGGAUCGGUUUUGCUGGCAUCAUCCUCCUAGUCGCCCUGCAAAAGGUCGGCGAGAAAUGGGGCAGCAAGAACAAAUUCAUCUGGUUCCUGUCCAUCACUCGGGCUUUCAUCUGUCUUCUUCUAUUCACCGGCAUCAGCUACGGCGUCAACAAGGGACGCAGUAGCAAAGACUACCUGUUCGAUGUCAGCAAGAUCCCAUCCCUCGCCAUCCGCACUCCCAAGCCAGUCGACGCUAACCUGCUUGGGAAAGUUGCUGGUCGCAGCAUUGCCGCUUUUCUGGGUGCCUCCAUUGAGCAUCUUGGAAUUUCCCGUGCCUUUGGCCUCAGAAACAACUAUGUCAUCGAUCCCAGUCAAGAGCUUUGCUAUCUUGGGGUGACCAACAUCUUCAACAGUUUCUUCACGGUCAUGGGUGUUGGUGGCGCCAUGUCCCGAACGGCCGUCAACUCCCAGUGCAAUGUCAAAUCCCCGCUUUCUGGCCUGGUCUCCACUGGUGUCAUCGUUCUCUCCAUCUACAAGCUGACCGGAGCCCUGUAUUGGAUUCCAAAGGCGACGCUUGCUGCUAUUGUCAUCACGGCCAUCUGGCCACUCAUCGGCAAACCAAGCACUUACUACCAUUUCUGGAAAACCUCAUUCGCCGACUUUGUUACAGCCAUGGUGGCAUUCUGGGUGUGUCUGUUCACCUCGACUGAGAUUGGUAUCGCCAGCGCGGUGGGUUGCAACGUGGUAUAUGUCUUGCUCCGACAAGUCUUCAAGAAGCCGAAGACGGUCGGAGCAGACUCGCGUUCGGAACUCGCGGCUUCUUUGGAUGCCGCACGCGGGCUGCCGCCCCAUAUUCCUCCGGACACUCGGGUGUUCCGCUUUGAAGAAUCCUUCUUUUUCCCCAACAUCCAGAGGGUCAAGACCAACAUUCUGGACGUCAUCCAAACUUACCACGCUCCAGAAUACAAUAGCCGCAACGGAGAGGAGCGUGAACGGAACUGGUCCGUCGAGGGAGAGAAACGUAUCGCACGGCUGCGCAGGAAGGCCAAGACCCAAGGAGAAAGCCUACCGCCGAUCAAUGUGGUGAUCCUUGACUUUUCAAAGGUCAACUACUUCGAUACCAGCGGUGUAGUAGGUCUGAAGAACUUCUUCUCUGAGCUGAGACACUAUGCCGGCGACGGCACCGAAGUCCGGCUCGUUAAUCUCAACGAUAUGACUCGCGAGCGCUUUGAGCGGGCGGGCUGGACCUUGCUGGACGGGGACGCUUCAUUCGACACCUCCAAGCCGACGUCGGUGAGGGUGUUCCGAACUGUCGCCGAUGCUGUUGUGGCCUCCAGACAGGACCAUGAAAUCUGCGAGGUCGUCGUCAAGACGGACAGCAGUGAGGAGAACACAACAAUCACCCAUCGUGAGAAGAUGUAA